AUGUUUAUGUCGACGCGCCGACAAGUGGGGCUCUCCGUCUCGUCGACGUCUGCUUCUGCUCGAGUGGACUCGGCCCGAGGGAGGCUGAGUCCGGCUGGCUUCGGGCACGGCUCAGGUCUCAUCCUCGCCGAGCUCAAGACGAACCCACAGCCGGCAUACGCGCAACGGUCACGCAUGACUGCACACGACUCGGCCAAGCGUGAAAGCAAGUCCGUUGAGCCCAGCCGCCCACCGACCUGCUUUGGCCAGUCGGGCCCAUCAGCCGGGACUCGAACCCGAGCCCCACGGAUUCCUGAUAUCGGCCUCUCUCUCUUUCUCUUUGUCCCUCCACCUCACUCGUUUGCCAGCUCCGGCCGACGGAAUGAAAUGUUGAACCGCGAAGACUCGACUUUUCACUUGCAAGUUGAUCAGACGCGACUCGAAAACCCUCGCAGAAGUCCGGUUGCCGACCGUCGCCUCGAGGGUCCUACCGACCGGCCGGACUCAAACGCAAAACUCGAGGUCGACAUGAGACGACCGACGCUGCAGGCACGGGCUGGCAUGGGCCGGGCCCCUUUCAACACGAGCUACCCGACGGCAACAAUGGCGUCACGUGCGACAAACUAA